AUGUUGAUCUUAGGCAAAAUUCUGUUGCUCUCAAUGUUUUUUUGUUCACUACUAUUGGGAAGCUUUGGAAAAGAAAAUUCAGAAAUAAGCACAACCGAAACCAAGACUGAAGUUUUACAAACAAUGAGAAGAGGAUCAGUUUCCUUGGAAAAUGAAGAAGAAUUAGACAAAACAAAUAGUGAAACCUCUAACCCCUAUACAACUCAUAUUCCUAUUUUUGAUUCAUUAAACAAAGUCCACACAAAGACAACUUUACCCAGGGAUUGGUCAACAGAUAACCCUUCUGGGAGUAUAUCACCAACAACCACAUCUUUAACAACCCCUUCUGUGAUCCAUAGUAUUGUUUCUAAAUUGCCUUUGAACUCGUCUGUUCUACAUGAACAUAUUUUACCAGUAUCAGUACCUCCUAACGCUACACAACCGGAUGUGCCUUCCGAAAAUUUCACUUCAUCUUUGACUACUCUGACUAAUGAUGCCAUGAAUCCUCUGGACCACAGUUCCAUGACAGUUAGCAUCCUGCCUCCGGCACCAACCACCACAUCCGUGACUACCUUGAUUACAGAGCCCACUCCCUGGCUUACCACAACCAAUAACAGUCUGGCUGAGUUCACCCCCUACCAGGAAACCACAACUCCACAGCCCACUCUCAAAUUUACCAAUAGUUCAAAAAUAUUUCAAAAUACUGCUGACCCCCAAGAAGAAGAGAACAGAAAUACAGGAGUAGUAUUUGGGGCCAUUUUAGGGGCUAUUCUUGGUGCUUCAUUACUUAGUUUUGUUGGCUACUUAUUAUGUGGGAGAAGGAAAACAGAUUCAUUUUCCCAUCGAAGACUUUAUGAUGACAGAAAUGAACCAGUUCUUCGACUAGACAAUGCACCGGAACCUUAUGAUGUGAGUUUUGGGAAUUCUAGUUACUACAACGCUACUGUGAUUGGUUCAGCUCCGCCUGAAGGCCGGGAGCAUGCACGUGAUGGCAUUCCUAUGGAUGACAUACCUCCACUUCGUACCCCAGUAUAA